AGUUCAUUCUUCUUUCUUGUCGCAAUCGACAACUCGUGAACGAGCUUCCUAUUGAAGUUGAUCGAAAAAUAUACGAAAUUACAAUUUAUACGGGAUUCACGAAAGAAAUUGCACUACCUUCUUUCAUAUCUUAAAGACAAUUUAUUGUUUUGGCUAUAAAAUCAUUGAAGACCAAGUGAACAUCGUUAAAGAAAUCAAAGGAAACUAUUUAUUUAGGAAUUAUCAAUAUGAGGAUGAUAUGGCUAAUAUUACUUCUCACCAUUAUUGUGGUGAAUGCUCAACGUCGACUUGCUCUUCCUGAUCCACGCAGUUGUGCCAAUCGGGUGCGACAUGCCACUUAUAGGGAUGCUAGAGGUGUUGCACAUUCAUAUUUUUUCAGUUGGGAACAUCAACCGACUAGAAAUCUCGAAGUAGAUUGGCUGGAUGCUCGUAAUAUUUGUCGCAGGCAUUGUAUGGAUGCAGUUUCUCUUGAAACACCGCAAGAAAAUGAAUUUAUCAAACAACGAAUAGCACGAGGAAAUGUGAGAUAUAUUUGGACAUCUGGACGCAAAUGUAAUUUCAAUGGCUGUGACAGACCAGAUCUUCAACCGCAGAACAUUAAUGGAUGGUUCUGGUCUGGUUCAGGAGCUAAAAUUGGUCCAACUACACAGCGUAAUACUGGAGAUUGGAGUCACACUGGUGGAUAUGGUCAAGCACAACCUGAUAAUCGUGAAGCUGCUCAGGGUAACGACGAAUCUUGUUUAUCAAUUCUGAAUAACUUUUACAAUGAUGGAAUUAAAUGGCAUGAUGUAGCUUGCCAUCAUCGAAAACCAUUUGUCUGUGAGGAUAGUGAUGAACUUCUGAACUUUGUGCUUUCUAGAAACCCUGGCAUUCGUCUUUAAAUUUUUACAGCUUCUGUUAUUUCUUGAAUAUUAAGUACCUAAAAUUGUUUGAUUAGACAAAAAUAAUUUUAAUAAAUUUCAUUUCUAUUUUUUAAAUUCUAAUUUAUGUAUGAUUAUCUAUUGAUUAUAAUUAAAAAUUAAAUUUUUUUAUUCAUAUUCAAUUAUAUUUUAAAAAAAUUAUAUCCUUAAAACAAAUUCAAACAAUAUUAGAUAUUAAACAGUCAAAAAUUAGAUGUAGAUUAAAUAGAAGCUGUUUAUCUAAGUUUAAUUUUUGUACUCUUUUCUAUACAAAAUACAAGGCAAUAAUUUUUAAA